AUGAAGCAGUUGCAAAGGAUAGCAAUAAAUCUACAGUUAUUCACCACUGGAGAAAUCAGCUUAGACUUUGAGACCGUUACUCUCUACUCCUUGGUAAUCUAUGCCAAAGACAGCCAAGGAGCCACAGCAUCACAGACCAUUUUAAUCCAGAUUGCAGAUGUGAAUGAACCCCCGACCUUUAUUGGAUCCCUUGCUCAGGGACACCAAGUUACUGAGAUUUAUAUUCUAGAAGACACUGCUCUGGGAACAGUCAUUUAUAGAGCAGUUGCCAAGGAUCCAGAGGAUGAAGUUUUGGAGUACUUCCUUUACCCGGAGGGCUCUGGCUUCACAAUCGACAGCACUGGAACAAUUUCUACAGCAGCAGUUUUUGAUUUUGAGCGUAAAGCUAGAAGUUUCUUAUUAGUUGUUAAAGUGGUUGAUCCUGGAGGACUGUUUGCUGUUGGGAAUCUAAGGAUUUUCCUCAUCAAUGUCAAUAACAAGAACCCCAUACUUACCUGCAGUUUAUUCAGUAUUGAAAAUGCUGUUUUGGCUGUUACUUCUGUGAACUCAACUCUACACCAUAAAGUCAACAUCACACUGGAUGAAGAAAUUCCAGUUGGGCAGACAAUUGGAAAAUGCCAGGCAACUGAUGAAGAUAACUUGGGAGAUUUAACCUUUAAAUUAGAUCCACAGAAUAUUUACUUUGCAGUUGGCAAAGAGCACGGAACUGUGGUUUCUACUGGCCGCCUUGAUGUGGAGAGAGCUGGCUUUGCUCGUGUGCAGCCCUUCUCCAUUAAGGCUUGUGACCAUGACCAGCGAUGUGCCACAAUUGCAGUGACUGCCCAUAUCCAUGGCAUUAAUGACAACCCACCUUUCUGUGAUCACUAUCUGAUUAGGUACACAGGCAACGAGGUGAUUGCAAAAGAUACAGUAGUUGCAAAACUCUUAUGUCACGACAUUGAUGAGCCUCCUGAUACCAUCCAUUACGCUCCAGGCUCGGGGCCAAUUGGUUCUGGACAACUCUUUUUGCAAAUGCCAAAUGCUGAAAACUUCAUCCAGGUUGCCAAAGAAUUGGAUUAUGAAAACCCAGAGAUUGUUGCUGUUGGACACAUCUAUGAAAUGACAGUUUCAGUAUAUGAUGACUUACAUCCCUCCCAUACAGCUUUCUAUAAAGUUGGAAGAGUGACUGCUAUUGAUGAAGACUAUCCACCUAACUGUGUCAAAUACAAAAUAAUCAGUGGAGACAUCCAGGUUAUACAAAGAUUCUGGAUUCAUCCUCUCUCUGGAAUGAUUGAACUCAUCACACAGCCAGACUACGAGACUGUGAAGCAAUACAACCUCACUGUGGAAGGUGUGGACUGUGAUAGAUUUCAUCCUCGCACAGGACUGACCAUGGUCACUAUUGACAUAGAAGAUGAGAAUGAUGAAGCACCAGACUGCACACCCUCGCUCUAUAAGGCAGUCAUUUUUGACAAUGCUGCUGCUGGGAUGAACGUCAAUGGCUUCAAACUAAACUGCCACGACAGAGAUUCACAAGAUUUUGAAAUGCGCUUUGAGAUGGUUUUGGGCAAUGAGAACAAUCAUUUUGGAUUUGACCCAACUCGAGGUUCAAAUACUCCGAAAUUAAUUGUGAAGAAUCCCUUUAACUUUGAGUCUGGAGCUGAACUGCAGCGGCGGUACCAUCUUGUGGUGCACAUCACUGAUGACAACCUGAAAUAUGGCAAAGCCCCCAAGCCUAGGACAGGCACUGCUGUUAUAGACAUUUACGUGGAAAGGGCCAAUCUACCACCACCUCCAACCACCAGUUCUGAAGUAAAGAGUUAUGGAGUUUAA